AUGUGGUGUGUGCAUGUUCUGGAACUUUGAGCUUAACAGCCCAGUGUUAUGAAUUCCUAUAUAGAAGUCACAUUAACCUCAGUGGCAAUGGACUUAUUUCCAGGUGAAAUGGAUUCCCCUGACUACCUGGAGCAGGAUUUCUCCAAUCUAGAUGGGCUGGAGGAUGAUGUCUUCCACUCUGAAGACUGUGGACUUGCCAGUCAACCCAAUGAGAUGACAUUUCCUGGCAUUUUCACACAGAGUAAAUCUUACAACUGCCUUCUGGGGAGAUUCCAGCUCUUCCCACUUACACACUGUUGCGGCCCAGGCACCAGACAUGCCAAGCAGCAAGAUAAGGCAACUCAAACCCUCAACCCAUCCUCUUCUAGCCAGGAUGUCAUGUUACCUUGUGGGGUCACUGAAGAGCCCCAGAGACUCUUCUAUGGGAAUGCUGGGUUCCGUUUACAUGUCAACCCCAUUGGUUUCUCAUUGAGUCCACACCUCCGGGAGGAACCUCGGGAAAGUCCACAGGAACUGCGAACUGAAGUUCAGAUUGCACGGAAGUUACAGUGCAUUGCGGACCAGUUUCACAGGCUGCAUCUACAGAGGCACCAGCAGAACCGAAACCAGGUCUGGUGGCAGAUCCUCCUUUUCCUCCAUAACGUGGCGUUGAACAUGGAGGCCAACAGACACCACGCGGGUCGGAGGUGAGAGCUACCCUGCUUCUUCCGGGUCCCAUCCAGUCUUCUGGGAGCACUGAACAAAUCCAGGGCAGACAUGUGUGCAUGCCACUAGACAGAUGUGAGGCUCCUGUGAAACUGAGGACACUUGUACAAAGGACUUGCAUUCACUCUCCGUGGCUUCCUGUCCUCUGAGGUGGGAAGCUUUGGUCCAACACUGUUGAAGAACAAUCCUCCAAUCAAAUGUGUGUGGCUUUCACUCAAGAAGCAAGCGAGCAAGGAAGGGGCUGGUAUAGGAAAGCUUUGGUUU